GACCAGUAGGCUAAUGGCACGACGCACAAUGGCUCUUCUUCCUCAGUGGUCUUCUCGUAUUUUUUCAGUGGAUCUGGAUGGAGCACCUCUCUACUUUGCAAUUCAAGAAAAACACCAGGGAACCGAGGUGCCACAUGUGUUCAGAAGAGUUCAACAGUAUGACAGAUGUUACUCUCUCCUUGUGUGCAGCAGCGACAGAGUCCGAAAAGCCAAGUUUUACUGGGAGCUGAAAGACAGACUGUUGAGAGACUUGCCUCGGGAGUGUAAUUUGUCUCCUAUGUCCUCAUUUCUGCCAAACGUAAAGGAUUCACUCAUCAAGGGGUACGUUUUAAAGGAUUCAUCCAAGAGUUCCUCCCGGACAGAGGGCCUUCUGCGACAUUUAAUCCAGCAUGACCCAGUGUUAGUGUGUUCAUACUUAAGAGGUGAAGAUGGUCGACCGUGGACACAGCAUCUCUGGUCACAUGCAGAGGGCUCAACGAUGGAAACGUCCAACAAUUACUAUGUGGUACCAUCAGAAGCGCCAGAAUAUCACCCAUCUACCCUUAACAUCAUCAACUCUGAUGUUUUCUACAGUUUUCGGGAAGCCUAUGAAGUUUUAAAGAAGUGUGGUGACAUCAUCCCAGAGGCAACGUCUGUACUAGAGCUCUUGUCCAGCAGAUUGGAGGCCAGACGUAAACCAGACUUCCCUGUUAUUGUCAUAGAAGGCCUGGAUGCCACAGGUAAGACGACUCUGACGGAAUCUCUAAGGGAUACUCUUGGAGCCACUCUUCUGCGGUCCCCUCCCCAGUGCCUCUCCCCCUGGAGGGCCCGCUUUGAUCAGGAGCCACCCCUCAUCCGCAGGGCCUUCUACGCUCUGGGGAACUACAUCACAGCAGAACAAAUAGGCCAGGAGGCCACGAAGACACCUGUCAUCAUUGACAGAUUCUGGCACAGCACAGCAGCAUAUGCCAUUGCCACAGCAGUGAGCGGUUCGGUGCACAACCUUCCAGAAGAGGGUUCAGAAGUGUACCGUUGGCCCAGUGACCUGUUCCAGCCCAGCCUGGUGGUUGUACUCAACCUGGAUCCUGAGGAGAGGAAGAGGAGGCUGAUGGACAGAGGUCAAGGAAAGACUGAGGAGGAGCAAGAACUGGAUCAGAACCAACUUUUCAGACUCAGAGUGGAGGAGGCUUACCGGAGGAUCAGUGGCCCAGCUUGUGUCACUGUGGAUGCUAGUCCUUCGGCAGACCAAGUGCUCCAACAAGUGCUGCUUUUAAUUAGGGGCAAAUGCCACUUGUAAACAGUUCUCCAUCUCCCCUACUGGCAGCUAAGCAUCAAGUGGACGUAGUACUUAUUUUCACCACUGGGUGCCAGUAAGGUGAUGUGAAUGUGAUAGUAGGAGGGCUGGUGGCCAGAUUGGAGUGUGGAGAGGAGAUCCUACUCAGAAUAAGUAAAGGUUUAAUGGCCAGGGGCCAGAACCGCAUGCUACAAUCAGUAAUACGUAUUCAUGUAGACUUACACACAUACACACAUACACACAUACACACAUACACACCCGCACACACACACACACACACACACACACACACACACACACACACACACACACACACACACACACACACACACACACACACACACACACUUGUCCAGAAGAAGUGUGCAUUUAACUGCUGCUGUGAGCUCUCAGAAAUCAGAUACAGUGUAGCUGCACUUAUUGACAGCCACUUGUAUCUGGACCGACAAAGAGGGAAUGAAGAGAAACAUUUAUACAGUAUAAGCACCAGUCACAGAGAUUAAUUUAAGUGCAUUAACAAGCAAAAUCCCAAAUUUAAAGUAUACAAGAUAACAACAUUGAAAAUAUUUAUGUGAACAGGAUGUAAUUUAUAUUGAGAUAACAGUUAAGCUGUUUUAAAUGAAAGAAAAUGACACUAAAGGUGUGGUUGUGAUCUCUCAUUGAAUCCUUAUGUCUUACAUAAGCCUAUAAGAAGUUGUUCAUUCAUAUAUAUCAGUAUAUCUGUUUCUUACUGGUGUAUAUGAAGUCUAUGAACUUUCUGUGGACACAUGUUUUCUUUUGCAUUUUACUAAAAAACAAUCAUUUUAUGCAGUGUGCUGUGGAUAGCAAUUCCCUUUAGUUCAACUGUGUGAUAUCGACACAAAUGAUACCACUUGCAUUGAUAACCUGUGUGGCUUGUAGUGGAGCUAUAGAGAAUACUGAGAACAUAUAGUGCUGUUUAUACUUCAUGUUCUCAUGGGCACAGACACAUCUACUUGUGUAAACACACACACAAGCAUGCACAUUUACCAAGAGCAUAUACUGUAACUCAUUUAUAUAGGGAGAAAGUGUAUAUUUGGCCUAUGUGAUGGGAAGAUUAAUUGGGGGUUUUAGUAAUUAUGAGCUUGGCAAAGCUGCGGGCUAGAGAAGACAGAGUGACCCAUCUCUUUUACUGUGAUGCAUCAGCAACGCGCCAACCACUGCAGACCCUAUUCAUAUGGCAAUUAAUGGAGCGCUGUAUAUCAAUGUCAUUCCAAUGCUCCCCCACAUAAGCACAUGGAUUACUCCUACUACCAAUUACAGCAAUCCAAUGUUUUACUGAGUGGAGAGGUGCUGUGGAUGCAAAUCUUAGCAUCACAUGUAAUCACAUAAACUAAAAUAAGGUGUCAUUAUGUUUAUGGAGUAUGGAUUCAUGCAUGAGGUAAGUAUCUCAGAACAGUUUACUGAAUUCAUAAGGUCUCAGCUGCCUGGCUACAUGGUAAAUGUGCUGUAUGACACAAAAUGAUUGUAGCUCAAACCUGUGUGGAAUUUUGUUUGCUAUUAGCACAGUAGCCUCUGUCUCAAGAGGGGCCAACAUUUAUGAAGUAGGAGAGCAAAGCAAUUAGGCUUUAUGCAAUUCAUCAUACCUGAAUGCAAAGUUGUGUGCCCGUGGUGUUAGCCAUAUUUCCAUGUCAGAUGUUGUUAUGCUUUGUUAUUCUUGGCAACAAGAAGUGAGUGGUGAUAUCAUGCUAUUACUUCGCCUCAACACGACUGUAAUAUGACAUUAAUGGCCCAUAAUCACAGUACAUUACACAUGCACUGAAAUAAUUUUUUCUCCAUUUGUUAAUAAUGUUUUUCCUUUUCGAAAUAUUAAGGAAUUUCUCAGUUUGUUUUGUCAGAUAGCCAGGAUAUAUACCGAGGUCCUAACCAUAACAACAUCUCACACAUUCGCGCACUGAAUGUCUGUGUUUCAAAGUUGACUAGUUUGAGAAAAAGUUCAUAACUAAUGUCAUCUGCUUCCAUUCUGUGGCCUUACUAUUGAAGUUGCAAGAUAAAAGUCCAAAAAACA